AAACGUGUCACCAUAAUUUCAAUCCUUAUUCAGAAUCGAAACCAGAAAUGCUCUGGAACGCAAGCACUUCUCAGUAUUUGUCUUUAUGCAAAAAGGACACCGUCAAAAGUCAUCGAUGCUCUUGCACAUGCCGGUAUCUGUUUCUCUUAUUCAAGCAUACUGAAUAUGAUUGGCUCGCUAUCUCAAGAUCAUACACGCCAACUAAAGAGGCUCAAGGGCGAUGGAAAACUUUCCCGUGUCAUGCUUGCAUAUGAUAAUUUCGAUGUCAACAUCUCUACUUCUCAGCCAACUAUACAACGA